AUGUUUUCCGGAACUUUAGUAGUGAGAAGAAUACGGAAUGGCUGGCCGAGUCGCUACUUUUCAACAACCAAAGGUGGUGAAUCUUUGCGGAUUGCCAUUGUGGGUGGCGGAGUCGCAGGCUUGUCUUCGGCCUUGCAUUUGGCUCCACUCGUAGCUUCUGGUCACAUUGAAGGCCCCAUUGACAUCUUUGAUGGUGGUUCUAGUAGUCAAACUGGCCGCGAAAUUGGAGUUGGUAUUUGGAGUACGGCCAUGGAUCCCUUUGUGGAAUCCAAAGAAGAGUCCCAUCAACUGUUAAUUGACGAGUUGGAAAAGAAUGGAUCUUAUUUGCGGGAUGUGGGAUACCGAACACCCAAGGGGCAUUGGUUGGCAAAGAGUCGGCUGGGUGGAAGCCAGCCAGAUUUGUUGUUUAUUCGGGAAAUGGACUUGCUGGGAUCCUUGAGAAAGGCCCUGGACGUGGAACAAGCGAAAAAUACCAUUCGCUUGCUUUCAGGUCCAGAUUACAAAGUGAAAUCCAUCGCCGAAGAUAGUCCGGAACCCUGGUCAGCAACUUUGAAACUAGGAGACAAAUCUGUAGACUCGGAAAGGGACUAUCACUUGGUAAUUGCUGCGGAUGGUAUGAAUUCGACCAUUCGACAGAAAUACGGAGGACAUCUCUGCGAACGAUCCCGAUUGAUGGGUACCAAUGCCUUGAAAGGCCCUCUGGAUUUGCCUCAACACGGCGAACUAGUGAAGGAAAAUUGGCAUACCACGGGUCAUGUUGUUGCCACCGAGACCCAAGACCGUGAAUACACUGUCUUUCGGGGGAAUGCCAACGUUAGUGGGAUGGACGUUGACCUUGAGACAUCCUUUCAGACGUGGGGAGAAGGACAAAGUAUGCGAUUUGCAACGGUGCCAAUGUCCUAUCCCGAUCCAGACAAUCCAGACAAACGAGAGGAGCGGGAUGUUUGGUUCAUUACAAUUGAAAACAAAGAAAUCAAUUCGGAAAGUGAUCCUGUCAAGAGAAAGGAGCUACUGUUGGAGGAAUUCAAAGGAUGGCACGAACCCAUUGGGACUCUAGUCAGGGCUACUCCCGCGGACGAAAUUCUCAUGGAACGGGCAUUGGCCCAUCGCCACAGUAUGUCGCCCCUGGCCAACUUCAAUGAAAUUGUCACGCGGAUACUAGGCAAGGCGGUUCCCUCUCGUGGUAAUGGACCCGCUAUAAUCUUUAUUGGGGACGCGUUUAUGUGUGUGGAUCCCAUUUUAGCGCAAGGAUUCACCGUUGGAAUGGAAGGUGCAGCUGCCCUGAAGACUUGUUUGGAAUCAUCUCUUCUAUCGGGUUCGGAUCACCCCUAUCAACCGCUUGCCUUUGAUCCCAUUUUGUUGCGGCAAGAACUGAAAGAACGACACGACAAUCGCUUGCACCGAUUGAUUUGUCUGUUGCGUGCGACAGAAAUGGUCCAAGCCUUGGGACAACCCAUGACGGGUACCUUGGCUGGGUUUAUUUCGAGAGAUGUCAUUCGACCACUAAUGCGAUUGACGCCGGGAUUCAUCAAAACUCCAAUUUUCAACGCGGUGGCCAAGUACUCGUUGGGGCUGCCACAAAGUUUUGAUGGUAACAAAUCCAGGAAUUCAUAG